CAUGUUUUGCCAGACGAUUCACGGCGAAGGCUCAUCGCAUGUUAUUGCUGACUUCACGUGGCUGUCGGCGCUCCCUUCCUUUCAGUGUCCUGUCUCCUGUUCCUUCGCUGUCCCAUAGAGUAGGCUGGAUGCUUUACAAUAAAGCCUCCCUUCAGUACAUUAGCGACGUCCUUCUGAGCUUCGCGAUUACCUCCGCUUCGUGAUUUGGUUGCUACGCGACUCCCUUUCUCAACCUCAGGCAGACAAUAGCGGCCCGCUUCGCGGCACAGUCGGCAAAACACUCGAUUGAGGUUCCGAAUGAGUUCGGCGACGAUAAUUUUCACGUUGACCAUUCCAACAGAUCCCCUCUAAACAUCCGUCUCUCGUACAGGACUCUCGUACACUCUGCACUUCUGUGGCUUCUCCAGGCCGUCGUCGCUUUAAAACUCGACGCGCGAAACGCUUUAAUAACCGUACCGCAACAAAGUAAUAUUGUUUUUUAGCUAAGAUCGUAAUGGAAGGCCCCACUACGCCAGUAAAAUCGACGCACGGGACGCCGAGCAGAAGCCUUUCAGCCCCCGUUAAAAGCACAUCCACUCCGAACAAACCAGGAUAUUCGCCGCGACCCCCGCUCUCCCCGUACUCCACCCCUUCCUCCUCCUCCUUCUCCCUGUUCGGCGGCAAGCCAUGGCGGUCGUGGGCGUGGGCCGCCAGCAGUCUCCCUCUGCUCUCGUUUUUUGCGCUCGCGCUUCUAGCGGGGGGGCUGGUGAACCAGCUCAACUCGCUCGCGGGGGUCGACAUUGUGACUGUAUCGGAUGCGGAAAUGACGAGGGUUCGGGUGGUGGGCGACGUGUGCGGGCUGGGACCGAUGGAGCUGCGAGGGAUAAUGGCUGAAGCGCACGGGUGGCGCAGAGACGAGCCGCGGUACUGGCACGCGGGGCGCUGGCAGACGAACGUGGAGCUCUACUUCGCGAUGGAGGCCGCGCGAAAGCGGUUACCACGUGACGCGAUGGUGUGCGCGAUGGUGGCGGUGCAUCGCCAGGUGCCGUGUCUACACGCGGCGUGCGUGAUUACUGUACACUUGCGGCCGUAUUACUCGGAUUUCAGUGUAUUGAAGCAACUUGUGGAAAUGGACGAAUUCGGGUUUAUCAAACAUUUUCGCCCGCGGACUGUACUCGAUGCAGGAGCCAACGUGGGCUAUGCGACUCUCAUAUUCGCGACGUUCUUUCCCAACGCGACUGUAGUCGCCAUUGAGGCAAGCGAAAAGAACUACGAGGUGUUACAGCGUAACACGUAUCGCUUGCCCAACGUUUAUGCACUCCAUGCCGGGUUGUUCAACCACUCUGGCACGGUGCUUCUAAGGAAUGGGACACAAACGAAGACGAGGGAGGGGUGGCAGUAUGUUGUCACGCCAGUGCCGUCUAGCAGCAGCAGUGACACAAAGGAAGGGGAUACAUACGAGGAGCCGCAGGAAGGGGUAGAGAGUGGAGUGGAGAGCAGCAGCAACAGCACGAGCAGCAGAGGGGAAAGUACGGGUGGUGCAGAGGGUGGUGUGACUAUCCGUGCUGUGACUGUUGGCGAUGUGCUCAAGCAGGUCGGCUUGACAAGAUUUGAUUUUGUGAAGAUGGAUAUCGAGGGGUCGGAGGCUGAGGUGCUGGCAUUGCCACCAGAUGCAGCUGACGCAGAGGGAGAUCUCACCGCCCCUAGAGACCCCAGCAGCAGCAGCAGCAGCAGCAGCAGCGACAGUGAUGAUAGCAGAAGCAGCAGCAGUGCCAGCAGCAGUGGUGCCAGCAGCACGAGUGCCAGCAGCACCAGUGCCAGCAGCAGUGGUGCCAGCAGCAGCGAUGAUGCUUUGUAUGACCCGAGGCCGUGGUUGGAUGAGGUGCGGAUGUUGGCUGUUGAAGUGCACGAUCGCAUGAAGCCGAAUUGCACUGUCACUGUAGAGGCUGCCACUGUAGCGAGGCAGUGGCGCAUGUUGGUCCGGUCUGGGGAGUAUCUGGUGCUUGAGAACGAGAGGGGAGGGAUUAGUGGCAGGAGAGGAGCAGCAUCAACGGAGUAAGGAGGUGGUAGGGAGGAGAUAGGCAUGAGUGUUGGUUUAGCAGUAGAUAUUAACAUGCUGUGCACCCUGACAUGUAUGGGAAUAACAGUGGGUGUUGGUGCCUAUGUGUGCUGGAACAGGCAAGCUCUGCUGCCAUUGCACCAUGUUAGAAGGACUGUGAUCUAUACCAGUGUAAAUUGGCAGAGGGCUAGCCGACGCCAGGACAGUCCUGUAAUACCAGUAGCACAAUUAUUCGGAUUA